AUGGCUUAUUAUUGUGCAACGGUUGUGGCAGGGAAAUUAUUCAAGAAAAAGGGCAUGUUGGUGAGAUACUGAGUGGCGAUUAUUUUGUCUGUGACAAGUGCGACAAACAAUUCCCUGAUAUUGAAAGUUUAUAUCAGCACAAGGCCAAAGACCAUGCGUCCUACCAAUGUGAUGUCUGUAAGGAAUUCGAAGCAAAAGAAGCAACUGGUAUUGGUUAUAUCUGUUGUGUCUGCGAUGCCGAGUUUGAAAUCCCCACUGAACUUGAAGAUCAU